UUGGAUUAAUAUAAAAAUGGAAGAAAAUAAAAAUGUUGCUCCAAUGGAACAACGUCGCUUAGUUACAUAUAUUAAUCAUUUCAUUACAUCCACGGUAAUAUUCUUAAAUAAUUUCAUGGCCCAUUGCGAAACUAAAAUGAUGAAAUCUGAACAACGGUUACAACAAAUUUCAGCUUCUCUAUGUAUAUUAGAAACAAAGUUAAAUUCUGUUCCUGAACUUCAAGAAUUAACAAAUCAAAAAAUAUCAAAUGUGGAACCUCUUAUUAGACAACCAAAAGAUAUUAUAAAAAAUACUGAGGUGACCAAUGAAAAUAAAACUGGAGACAAAAAUGUACCAGAACCAGUUGAAUCAACUGUUGUAGAUGAGAUCUCUAAAGAAUCAACUAUAGAUCCAGCCAUAUUAAAAUACAGAAAAAUGCUUCAAUUUGGUGUGCCUAGAGGUGCUGUUGAAUUAAAAAUGGCACACGAGGGAUUAGAUCCAAAACUAUUGUGAUAAUAUAAAUUGAAAGUAUUUUUAAUUUUACUUUUGUUUGUUAUCUUUGUCAUAUAAACAUUUAUUUUUAUAUACUGAAUUAUUAAAUUGAUGAAUCAAGCAAAUUAUACAGAACUGAAAAUUUAAA